UUGUUAGAUUUCUCUAUAUUGUGAAUACAGUGUGGUUAUAAGGAUGAGGUGCGUCACAGUUGUGCUGUGUAGCACUGUGCUGCUAAUGCAGCUGAUGAUGACCAGCUCACAAGCUGCAGAUGAUUCAGCCAUUGGUGACUGUUCUCAGCUGGAUUCCUGUGAUCGUUGCACCAGCAGAGACGAUGCCCUCAAUCAGACACGCUGUAUUUGGAGAAGCUGUGACAAUGAUAAUGACACAAGAUGCAUAUCUGACACAGAAGACUCUGGAGACUGUGCUGUGUACAAUGACACAAGCACCUGCCCAAUUAGUGGGAGCUUUGAUGACAGUGGGUCAGAUGACUCUUCUUCCGGCUCAGCACCAGAGUUUUCUCAGGCAUCGUUUGACCUGUCCAGCUUCAUAGGUGGGAUAAUACUUGUGCUGUCACUCCAAGCCGGGGCCUUCUUUGCUCUGCGCUUUCUCAAGACAAAAGACAGCUCCUAUGAGACCAUUGACCAACCCCAGUGAGGAGGACAAAGAGAAAUGAACAAAGAAAGAGAGAACAAAUAUGGAAGAACUGAACAGCAAGAAAUGAGAAAAGAGCUGAAGAGGCGGCUGAGGAAUCAGAAGCAAGAGUUGACAGAGCAGAGCAUGGUGCUCUUUUAAAGGCCCUCAUCUAUUGGUUUGGGUUUUUGUUUGUUUGUUUGUUUUUGUAUUUCCUUGUUUGCAGGUGUUCUUGUUUGGAAACCCUU